ACGCCAUGGAAAGCGUGUCGCCCAAGAGUGCACAGUCGAAACAGUCACGUGACGGUACCACUUGUCGCUUGCUUGCUUGCGCGCCCUCGACUGCAGGGGACGAUGUCGACAAGCUUCACGUCGUCCUUCUCCGCUCGCCCGUCGCCCACGGUUCCCCCUGCAUCGCAGUCUUAUGAACCCCUCGUCAAGGCUGUCCUAAAGCACCGCCUAAAUCGUAACAUCUUUGCGUUCUCGGCAGCCUUUUCGCUCGGAUUUCACAUUCUCUUUUGGAGCAGCGAUGACUCUAGUCUCUCUGCGCGGCUCCUCAGUCUGAGCGCCUGGCUCGUUGCUUCCCUAGCGUGGCUCGUGGGCGUACUGCCUAUAAUCGUGUCGAGAAAGUUGAACCUCACCACUCACAGUACGGUGGCGCCCUCUCCCCGGGGAACACUAGCGGGCGCUCUGUCCAAGUCCAGCACGUGCCGCAUAUUAACCGUGUACACCGCUUCCGCUUUGUUGCUGUUGUCGCUGCAUUUGUAUAGUGAACCUGCCAUCCGAGAAAGCUUGAAUAUGAGCGUCUUCGUGAAAUCAAGAAAGCACCCUCACUACCUCAAUGGUUCCUUCAUCUUCCUCGUCACGGCACAAGCAUGGUUCGCACUCAGUUUUUUCCUUCGGAAUAUCAUGCUAGAACGUUUCGUGUUCCGGUGGUCACGAAAUGCGCCGUCGAAUCCUCCCAACGUCUUCAUAAAUUUUCCUUUACUCCUCGUAACUAUCGGACUCUUCACCCUAGUUACGUUCACCGCAUACAACGUGGUAUUUGGUAUCAUGAGAGUCUUUGUCUUACCUAUCCUUCUUCGAAUACCUCUCAUGCGGAGUCUACUACGACCCUUUGUUGCCCAUUUCAUUCGAGGUCCAUGGACGCUCAUCCUGCCACUGCGCCACCUUCGUCUGGAGUUCCGCACGUUUCUGCUUGGACUUAUCACCCUAGCCAAUUGGGAAUUUGCAGAGACGCUCUUUAACUUGCACAUUCCUCAGCCAAUCGACGUUUCACAUACCACUGCAGAACCAAACGUGACGUUGAUAUCUGGUGUUACAUCCACUGAUCUCGUCUUCCUGCAUUUCGCCUACUCUGAACUACGCAACCUCGCCACGGAUAGCAGCCCAUCUAGCAGCACCCGUCGAAUCGUACUAUUCUCAGACCAAAACACGCUCGCCCGUGCCGCGCUUCUUCGUCUUGGCAAUCCAGCACCUCCGUCACCUCCGCCACCAGUCGCAGCACCUGCGACACGACAGAAGGAGGUCGCCAAGGAGGUAGAAACCCUUGCAAAGGAUGUGCAUGUUCCCGAACUAUUCCGUUCGGUAACCGCCUAUGCCACUUCUGCUGUCCCUGCGUCGUCUGCGGCUAUCAGUGUAGCGCAGAAUCCUCCCACGAGCCCUAGCUCCCUCAUCACCUCUAUCAAACAGGGUUGCUGUGGUCAUUUGGUCAAGUAUGCGCCUCCGCGGUCCAGAGAGAUAUGUACGCAGCUGAACGAGUGGCUCGCGAGGGAGCGAAUACAUAAGCGUGCCGAGAUGUCUCUUCCGAACCGAGAACUAGAUGCGCUCGUUAUAGAAUCACUUUCUGCACUCGUCUGUGCCUCUCUCACGGAGGACAGAUACGGUGUAGAGGCAUUUUUAUCUCUCCUCCAGGCUGCCGAGGAUUACCAAAAUGAAGUUCGCGUACUCUACGUACCCCCUACUCCAGAGGAGCUUACCCGUGUUGAAGUUGCAAAAGCCUCCGAAGCAAUAAGCGUCGUGGGUGAUGCUUUGAAAUCUGGCAUUUCGGAUAUCGUCCGGACGUUUGGAGAUAAGUUGACUGCAUUCAAGUUCCCUCCGAAAACUGCGAGGAAGCUGCAGUCUUUUGUAGAUUACAUCUAAUUGCGUUACCGAGUUCGAGGGGCUAUGAGAAGUAAUACUACAUGACGUAGCAGGUUUUUUGUUGGUUCCCUGAGCACUGCUUGAUUUACAGAACUGCCAAGUACCUUGAAAUUCGUACGGUUCAACCUGUCUUUGCUUUGAGAAGUAGCGGG